ACUAACAAAAUCAUCUUCCCUCAAUAAACCAAAUAAGCUAAGUGUUUUGUGUAACGAAAACAAAAAAUGGGAAACCUCAUGUCUCUCGUUCUCGUGGCUUUGCUCUUUUCUCUCUCCCUUGCUGUUAUUGCGGACACAUCCAACGAUGCCACACAUGUUAAAGAAGAAGUGAAGCCGAGUACUGAAGCAACUGAUGCUAUAGAAGCCGAAGUCGAGGUCAAUGACGCUGUUGUAGAGCCCCAGCAAGGCUUGCCUGGUGGUGGUUGUAGGUUCGGAUGUUGCGGUGGGUACUGGUGGAAUGGACUGUGCAUAUACUGUUGCCGCAGUCAAGCCGAGGCCAACGAAGUUGUAAAAACUGUUGAGCCUCAGAAGGAAGAAGCUAAGCCAUGAUUUCGCAUGUAACACAAACUCUAUAUGUUUGUAUGCAUGCAGUGGUCAAUUACCGUAUGUAUGUAUAAAUAAAAGAAGCAUGGUGCCUAAGUAAGAUACCUAGAGAGAGCUCAAUAGAAAGAAACCAAAGGUUCAUUAAUGGUUUUUGGUUAUGAGGUGUUUUUCUCGUGGAUGUUAUAAAUAAUAACUGUUUUAAUAUUAAUAUUUUGUUC